AAAUCAAAAUGUGGUGCCACCGGCCAACGGCAUGGAUCAAGCUAAAAUGAUGGGCCAUUUUCAAAAGAUGGAUCCGCCAAUUUUUACCGGAAAAGAAGGACCGGCACAUGUAGAUGAGUGGUUCAUGACAAUGGAAGAUAUCUUUGAGAUCAUGGCGGAAAAGUACUAUCCCCAACACUAUCACGAGCAACUGGAAAGUGAAUUCUGGAACUUAACUCAAGGGAGCCUAACUGUGGAUGAAUAUGAAAGAGAAUUCACUAAGCUGAGCUAUUUUGUGGAGCAUCUGGUGGACACGGAUGUCAAGAGGGCGAAGAAGUUUAGAAGAGGUUUGAAACCUACUAUCCGACACCUAGUGGCGAGCCAUGGAGAUCUCCCAUAUGCAGAAACUGUGGGUAGGGCGCUACAAAUUGAGGCAAGUAUCAAGCUAGAAAAGGAAGCUACUUUGGUCAUGGAGGCUCAAGCUUCGGGUAGCAACAAGAAGAGGAAAUUCGAACACCCGAAGAAGAAGGAAGAAGGUGGCCAAGCUCUCCAACCCCGACCACUGCAGCAAGUGCCCGCCGUGGAUAGGCAGGAAUGCCAUAUCUGUGGCAAGAAGCACCGUGGAGAGUGUCUGUUGGGGCAGAACAUAUGUUUUUGUUGCAAGAAGCCUGGACACUUUAGAGUAAAUUGCCCGGGAAUCGGUCAACCACCACCACCACCACAGCAGAACUUACCUCCGGCCAGACAAGGGAGGCUUGGAGAAAGAGCUCCAGCGAGGUUGGGGAUGCUUGACCUUGGAGCGGGAAUCAAUCUCAUGCCAUUUUCUAUCUUCCAGAGGCUCGGUCUCGGAGACUUGAGACCCACUCGCAUGUUUCUACAGCUUGCAGACCGUUCAAUCAGAUACCCCAAGGGGGUGGUUGAGGUUGUCCUUGUUCAUCUCGGGAAGCUCAUAGUCCCGGUGGACUUUGUAGUUCUUGAUGUGGGGGACGUACAGGAGAAUGGGAAGGAUCACACCAUCCUUCUCGGUAGACCAUUCAUGGCCACUACCAACACGCUCAUUGAUGUGAGGAACGGGACCUUGAACAUGACUGUCUUGGGGGAGUGCGUAUCUAUCUCAGUCCGAGGAGCCACCUCGGCAUCCUCGGUAAACUGUGUGGAGGAGUGUGCCUUCGUUGAUAUGAGUGAUCCCUUUGUAGAAGAAGUGACUAUUCGAGACAUGGAAGAGAGAUUGAUGCCUGAUCUUGAAGAGGAGAAAGGACCAUUUAUCGAGCUGAUGGAGGUCGAAGAGCCGAGAUCUAUAGCCCCUCCAACACUAGAGCUUAAGGAAUUGCCUCGCCACCACAA